CCCUCCCCCCAUUUCUGCCCCAGCCAUCGCCUGAGUGGGCAGACAUCGCGUGAAAUCCAAGAAAGAGGGAAAAGAAGGAGAGAGAGGGAGACAGAUCCAGUACGUUCUUGAGUUCAUUGGGUGGGAGAUUCGGGAUAACUGACCUCUCGCCCUCCCCCAGCAAGUCCCGGUUAGAGAGAGACAGCGCCAUGGAGAUUUGGCCUCUGAUGCAGCUGCUGCUAUUGGGGUUGCUGCUGGGGGCGGCUCGGGGACAGAGGGAUGAGCUGAGCUCUGAGGAGGAAAGAAGAGCCCUGAUGCUGAAGCACCUGCAAGAGGUUCUGGAGCUCUCAGAAACAACCGGAGAGGAGGCUGCGCAGGAGGUCACCCUAACUGAGGUGGGGGACCCAGCUGGCAAGGAGAUCUUAGAGGAAAAUGCAGAGGAGGAGGAACCCGUAGAAGAGCCUCCCCGUACCACACAGCUGUCCCCAACCACAGCACCCCCGGCUCAGCAGGAGGAAGAGGAUGACUUCACCUAUGUGUUCUCCCGCUUGAACAGCCUGGAUGCAGCCGUCCACCGCCUCAAUGUGCAGUUCCACCUCAUGGACGUGAAGGUCUCCCAGUUCUCUCAAGGCCUGGCUGAACUGAAGGGGAGCGUGACGGAGGCUCACGAGUCGCUCGACUCCUUGAAAGAAGUCGCCACCCGCAACCAGAAAGAGCUCGGAAAAAUCGAUGGUUGCUUGCGAGGCCGCCGGACCCACGGCAAAUGCUUCCUGAUCUUCAAGAACUUCGAGGUCUACGACGCGGCGCAAAAACUGUGCGAGCUCAGGGGAGGGAACCUGGCCAUGCCAGCAGACGCCACUGAGCUGGCCAUCCUGCGCCGCUACCUCUACGACGCCUUCCAGCCUAACAACUGGCCUGUCUGGGUGGGCAUCAACGACAGGCGCUCAGAAGGGCUGUGGCUCUUCGAGAACGGGCAGCGCGUGUCCGUCUUCGACUGGUACCGCGACUUCCUGGUGACUCAACCCAACGGUGGCGCCCGGGAGAAUUGCGUGUCCCUCAGCUCAGACGACGGAAAAUGGUGGGACAAUGACUGCGAGCGGCGGAUGUAUUACAUCUGCGAGUACCGCCUCUAGGGGGGGCAGCUGUCUCAGGUCCAGUCUCAGGUGCGCAUGGUCGCCAUAGAUAUCCUUCCGCUUGCAGUGCAAUGGUUAGCAGGUCUGGGCUAUGUGGAGCUACAGCCUCUGGAAGGCAGUGCGCUCUGUCCCAUUUUUCGCACCCCCAACCUUACCCCAAGGCACGCACCACACACUCUUACUGGUGGUCAAAACAUCCCACUUAUUUUGUAGCCCCCACACCAUAAUAAAAAGCACCUUGCCACCUCAGAGGAGGAAAUGCUGUGUCUUGCAAACAGGAAUUUCCAUGUCCCUAGUGUCCCAACCCCCCCAGAAAAAGAGGUGCCAGAACUCACCACGAACACUUCCCUCGUUCUUUAAGAAUGGCAAUGGAGAGGUGCACAUUCCAGCUGACAAAAAAGCCCGCAUGUCCCAGAGUUUUGCUUUUUCUGCUGCAUGGCGAUUUGGCAAUUGUAAUUCUAACAGGAUCUCUUGGGUACUAAAAUGUUUUUAAGGGGCCUGGCGUGCAGUACACCUCAAAGUGUGGGUGGGGAUUUUUUUAUUGCUGAAAUUGUGGCGCUGUCCCUGAAACCUGUUCAUGGGCCUAGUCAGGAUUUAUGUUACGAGGGUCAGGGCACCCACCCGUCAUGCUCCUCUGUCUGGUUCUGUCUAGCAGAUUCAGAAUGAAAUGUCUCAACAACA